AUGGAACUUACUCGCGUUUGGUGCAGAGUUUGCGUGCUGCUUACAAGCAUUGUCGCCACAUCUGCAACGCCUAACACACCUACCACGCCUGCCACGCGGUAUAUCGUGCCCCUCUACAAUAGUGAUAGGCGGUCUGCUUCUGUUGCUGCUCCAAUUGUCGACCUUGGCUAUGAUCGUUACCAAGGAUACUACGACUCCGAAUUUGGGCUCAAUGUAUUCAAAGGCAUCCGAUACGCUGCUCCUCCGAUUGGCAAGCUACGAUGGCAGGCACCUCAGACCCCAGCUCCGUCAGAGAAUAACACCAUCACCCAAGCCGUAGUCCAACCGCCACUUUGUCCACAAUCCGGCGCUGCGCAAACCCCUGCAAUAUAUGGCUUCAAUUCGGGACCAGGUGAUGAAGACUGCUUGUUCCUCAAUGUUUACGCACCCCCGCAUGCGAAGAACCUGCCAGUCAUCUUUUGGAUCCAUGGAGGCGGUUACGGUCUCUUUGGGGCAGUGUACGAUCCUAGCCAGCUGAUUAACACAAACGACAAUGGUUUCAUUGCAGUCAUAAUCCAAUAUAGGCUUGGCGCAUUUGGAUUCCUAUCGUCUGAAGAUGUCAAACAAAAUGGCCAAGUCAAUGCUGGUCUUUUGGACCAACACUUUGCUCUUCGAUGGGUCCAAAAUCAUAUUAAAAAGUUCGGCGGAGAUCCCAGGAAGGUUACUCUUGCUGGUGAGUCUGCUGGUGCUGCUUCUGUCAUGCUACAAGCAAUGGCGUACGGGGGCAAGCAGGAUGUUACGCUUUUUGACAACCUUAUAGCCGCAAGUGUGUAUUUGGCAAAGCAGUAUCACUACAAUGAUCAGGUUCCAACCCAGUAUUACGAAGCGUUUGCCAAAGCUGCCGGUUGCACUGCUGGCUCAAAUACCACCGAGUCCUCUGUCUUUGACUGUUUAGUGAGCGCGAACACGGCCGUGCUACAAAACGCUAGUGCUACUGUGUCGCAGUCUGGAGAGUUUGGGACUUUCGCUUUCUUACCUGUCACUGACGGUAACUUCGUCCAAGCGGCGCCAUCGCAGCAGUUACUUGAGAAAGCAGUGAGCGGGAAACGUCUCCUUAUUGGGAAUAAUGCGAAUGAAGGUGCUCCGCUGACCCCUUCAACAAUUCUUACCGCGGACGACUUCCUAAAUUAUGUCAAUACCACCUUACCCUCCCUCACCGCAGCCGAUAAAUCACGCCUUCUGCAGAUUUAUCGGUUUGACAAUUCCAACACUGACCUUUCAGCACCACUGUUCGAUACCCUUGGCAACAGCGGACCUACAGCUCUGAACCAAUCCGAGUUCGCCACAGGUCAAAAACAGCGCGCAUUCAAUCUCAACAGCGAGGUCACAUUUACCUGUCCUGGUUACUGGUUCGCAGAAGCGUUCUCAGGUGCCGGAAGAGAGAGCUGGAAAUACCAGUAUUCUGUCACUCCAGCGUACCAUGGCGCUGACCUGACCGCAUACUUUUCAGUUAACGCAACGACACCAACCCUAGAUUUUAUUUAUGCUUUCCAGAAAUUAUGGGGCAAUUUCAUCAUGAAUAACAGUCCGGUGAUUCCGAUCAUCGAAGCCAGCGGGAACGCUACAUACGCAACAGUGCCUCGAGGCCAUGGCAGUAACUUGCACUGGCCAACGUACUCGGACACGUCGAAUAUCCAGAUGAACCUCAACACGACGGGCGGGACGGUGCAGAGCGUCUUGGUGACGCCUAGCUAUUCGUAUGACCUUCGUUUGGACCCGGGCGUUAGCAACGACUUUCGACUGGUCAACGCUGACACCUGGGAGGGCGGUAGAGGUUCACGAUGUCAGUUUUGGAGAGAGGUCGCGCCCAGGGUGCCGCAAUAG